GAGAGAGAGAGAGAGAGAGAGAGAGAGAGAGAGAGAGAGAGAGAGAGAGAGAGAGAGAGAGAGAGAGAGAGAGAGAGAGAGAGAGAGAGAGAGAGAGAGAGAGAGAGAGAGAGAGAGAGAGAGAGAGAGAGAGAGAGAGAGAGAGGGCUAUCGCUGUAGUUUGCAGGUGUCGGAAACGGGCUAACAGAGAAAACUUAAGACGUUAAAAAUACACCGCGGAUUACAGCGCGAGGACCGAAACAACCGCAGAGACGGAACGCACGCGCCGGUGUGCGUGUUGACUCCAGCACACACUCAUCCCUUAACCCUACGGAAGGUGACUGCCAACUUCUCUCACACCGCAGCAGGACCCGGGAUACCCGAGCACAGGCGCGCACACGCGCACACACACCACGUUCACACACGCAGAGGAGGAAUUCGUCGACGCAGCAGAGGCGUGUGGGCAUCGGAACGCGCUCAGACGCACCACACUACGGGCUCAAUGUGGACGUGGUGACGAGACGCUGUGCCAAGGUUCGGUGUCCUCGAGUCGGACGUCUAUCCGAUGGUUUAACUGGGAUUCCCUCUGGACCUCUUCUUCCCCCACCCCCCACACCAGCACCCCGAACAGAGGAGGAGCGACGAGGAUUGUUCCUGAGGUCUUUUACUCUGGAGAACAGAUCAACUCUGCAUCCAAAGAGGGUUGAUAUACUAAACCAGGCGGGACCCUCUGUGGACGAGGACCCCCGAAGGAUACACGCCCCCAGAGUUGAGACCCCAGCAAACGUCAUCAUAUCCAUUCAUCAUUCGACCAGUCCACCUUUGUUUUUCUCUCAUCAGCAACGGCUAACCCUGCGGUAGUCAUAGCAACUGCCUCCCCGAGGUAGCCACAGCAACCAUACUCCGUGUUGAUGAUGGAUACAACCCUAAGGAUAACAGACCAUUUUCUGGGAUCUUCAACACCUGGAUAUGCACCGUUUAGUCCGCCUCAACCCAGCUCUUGAAUACCUAUUCUUAAUCUACCCGGGUAGAAUCAGAGAUCACCAAUCUUUAGAGACUACACAUGUAAAGAAUCUGUUCGCUUCUCACUUCAGUUUUUUAGUACAGUUGAAGAUAAAUAUCUGUGCUGACAUGAUUUACAAGCCGGGAUCUAAAUGAACGAACCCUGAAGGUUUAUCCCGAAAUAGAAAGCUGAACUUUUAUCGUUGGCUGUUCAAGGCCUUCCGUCGUCCAAAUCAUAAUUUCCAGAGUAUAUUAGAACAGAGAUAUAAAUGUAUUUUUCCCCAUGAACGCUGAUGCACUCAGUCCAACUGAAAUGGGACAAGAGAGGACAAGCAGCGGAACAAACCGCCUGUGACAACUGAGUAAGAGGACGACGAGAUCUGGGAUCUGUUCAGACGCGACCGAGCUGGGGGGAAAAACCCCUGGACUUGGCUCCAGCAGAGCGAGCAGGGCGUUUUCACUUCGCCAUGGUCUUGGUCUGCAUCUGCGGGCUUGAGAGCGAGGCCUUCAAUAAGGGAAAAAUUAAAGAAUUGGAUUAAAGGAUGGAUUAUCGGCGCGCCACUAAAUCCCCCGACCAGCUGCUUCUGCGUGAACCAGGAGAGACGAUUUAAAGAGAGAGAGAGAGAGAGAGAGAGAGAGAGAGAGAGAGAGAGAGAGAGAGAGAGAGAGAGAGAGAGAGAGGGAGAGAGAGAGAGAGAGAGAGAGAGAGAGAGAGAGAGAGAGAGAGAGAGAGAAAGACUAAGAGAGGUAGAGAGAGAGCUUGGCACAUUGAUUUAUAGAUUGUUUCUGGCUGGUGGAUGACUUGGCCCACCUUCCCAUAGCAGUAGUAGCAGCAGUGCUAGCAAGGACGAUGGACAACCAGGACGACCUGGAGCACCCUCUCCUAGGGGACAGCCCCCACCCGGGCCGAGGGCUCCUGAAGGGGGUCUUGGUGCGCUGUGAGGAGGACCGGGUCUACCCCCCGCUGGCCUGGAGGGGGUACUGCGGUGGGCCCACCCACCACCUCCAGCACCCGCAUCAGCAGCAGGUCCUGGACCCCUGUUCCCUGCCGCGUAACCUGGAGUCCUGCUACCCCCCCUCGGGCCUCUGGGGUCCCGCAGAACCCCUGCUGAACAAGGACUACCUGGAGACCACCUUCGUGGACAUCCACCCUGGGUCCAUGCUGGAGAGGAAGCUGCUGGCGGAGGCCCAGGACCUCCAGAGUCUGUCCUACAGCGACGAGGAGGACCUGCUGCCAGACUUUGAGGACUCAUCCAGCGAUGAGUUCAGCGAGUCGGACAGCGAUAGCGACUUCCCCCUGAUGAUCCCCCAGGACCACCUUGGUCUCGCCUUCUUCUCCAUGCUCUGCUGCUUCUGGCCACUUGGCAUCGCUGCCUUCUACCUGUCACAGAAGACCAACAGGGCCUCUGCUCAAGGCGACUAUGAAGGAGCAACCGCUGCAUCGCGCCACGCCCUCUGGCUCUCGGUCCUCUCCAUUGUCUUCGGCAUCAUCACCUACAUCUGCGCCAUUGCUGCCCUCAUCUCCUACCUGUCGGUCAAACCGCCCUAACGCAGCCUAAGACCGGGCGGAAGGAUACGCAGGGUGGAGGAAGAAGUAUUUCCCUUUAUGCACCAAUGACAUUGACUCUCUCUGUGACACACAUGAAGAAUUGACUUGAUUCAGUCUACCUGCUUGGACCUUGGCAUGGUACAUGUUUUACAGACAUAAAACCUGGACCGGAAUCGGACAUCGCGACUGGAGUUGAGAUCUGGUUGACAUCCAUCAUGGUUCAAUUCAAUGGUGACUCACUGGACAUACAACCAUCACAAAUCAUCAGGUUUCAAAGUACCUGAGACGUUUAUUGCAAUCUAUAACUCAAAACUGCAGAAGCUCUGUCCGUCAAAGCAGUUUUACCAGGUCAAUGAAGGACUUAAUCAAGACCCUACAAACCUUUAUAUUUCGUGCAUGUUGUCAUUUUUCUUUGGAUGUGUUUCUUUCCUCCUAGUUCAUGUUCAGACUUCAGCUUCAAGAACAAAAACAUGGGUCACAACGUUGUAGAUAGCACGAAAAAAAAACACUCACUGGACGUUGAAGGUUGGAAUGACGUCCAGUGAGUGGUCGUGUGAUGGUGGUCGUGUGCAAUGUAUCAGAGGCUGCAGAUUUAAGGACCAGUCCCGACCAGGCCACUAUCCCUGCUCCUGGUUGCCCCACUUUCCGAGGUUGUGAGAGGCCUACAGAGUACCUGAAAAAACGUGUUACAUUUAAUAAGACAAUUUAAAUCCACUGCUAUUUAUAGGUUUUGUUUGUUUACCAUGUAAAUAGAAAUGUGCCAAAAGAAUAAGGUAAGAUACAGUAGAACUUUAUUCUAUUAUAUGACGGGAGAUUUGGAAAAGCAAGGAAUAAGAGUUGAAUGGAAAGCAUGGUGUGGUGACUAUGUGAUGAAGGAGGACUACGUUGCUGGGAGCUGAACCUUGGAGACAACUACUGAUUGCGGAAGACAUCUCAGGAGAAGAGAUAUUAUUUUAAAAGGCAGUGAGCGAGACGCCCUCUCUCCUUCUCGCCUUCAACUUCUAAGAUGGAAUCCUCUGAAGAAAAUAAGCCUAGUCUAUGCAUGGUACGCUCUGACACACUCCAUUGGAUGCGUUUUGUUAGGAAAAAGACGGACAAGGCGCUUUUAAAAAAAAAGAAGAAUUGCUGACAUCCAGUAUCCCCGUCCGCCCUCCCCUCCGUCUGAUUGGACGAGACGUUUAAGCAUUGGGCAUCCAUUACAUGCAUGAUCUGUAGCGGCAACCGCUGUCGUCCCGGUGAACUCAGCGAAUACUGCAUGGUGAGUCUGCACUCUGCUACGCUGCUGCUCCCAGCUUCAUCUGCAUCCCUGCUCGACUGCAGGAACAGCUUUGUGUGCUUCAUGAACGUCCCCUGGAUCCGAGUGCUCUGACCGCAAUGUACCACAAAACAAACCUCCUCAAGGAAAUUCAGACAGGACAAAAAACAUGAUAUCGUGCUAUAACAGGAUAUUUUAUAUUUAGAUAUAUAAUAUAGUUUUAUAGAUAUGGAAUCUACGCUGUUAUGAAUAACCAUGCUUUGUCAAAACAUCUUAAGAACAGCUGUUGAGACUCGCUUCCGAAGAUCUACAAUCUGUAUGAACACUUUAACAACCUGUGGUUCCUCUCCGUCUACAUGUUAUCUACCACCAUUGUGGAUAUGCUGUGGUUUAACCUCUUUUUGAGUCUGGUGAUGACACUGCUGGACAGGGCGUUCCACAAGCUUCUCACACUAUAACGUUAGACACACCAGUCAAAUACCUGCUCCUAUGCCGGUACAAUAAACGGGGCCCUAUUUAGCUGAAAGUGUGUUGUUGAUUGGCAAGCCAUUUCAAAAGCUAGUGGGUGGACACACCUACAUAAUGUCACAAUAUGGUAGUUUGAAUGGGUUUGAAAUGACUCAAUCAACAUCACACUUGUUGGUAAAAUAGACACUUUAAAAGUCACAAUGAACAUUCUAAAUGCUUAUUGAGACAACUCUAGCCUUAGAGAAUAUGGGGUCAAACUAAAGCUCGAAAUAAAGAAAGAAUGGGUGGUUGGGUGUAUGAUGAGAAGCACUCAGUUAGAACACCAAGCCAACCCCAAAAGGUGAACGGCCACUAACUGUCCUACAUUAUAUCAGCAAUGCUGUACACCUUCCACCUCAGCUUCCUUGUAUUUAAAAUGUUAAUACAAAAAAAAAAGUGUAAAAACGUAAUAAAUGCACUUGGUUUCA